CUUGGCAAAAUCGAGGGAAGUCUGCAUUUUUUCCUCUCUCCCCCUCUGCUGUUGCUCCUCCUCCGUUCGAGCUAGGGCUAGAGAGAUGACGGUGGCAGCGGGCGUAGGGUACGCGCUGAUAUCGCUGGGGCCCGCACUCUCCAUCUUCGUCUCCGUCGUCUCCACUAAACCCUUCCUUGUUCUCACUCUUCUCUCUGGCACACUGUUUUGGCUCAUUAGCCUUAUCGUUCUUUCGGCGGCAUGGAGAGCUUUUCUUCCUUUUCCAUCUUCAGCAUGGUGGCAAUAUGUGAUUCUUAUACUCACAUCUGUUGCUUUCCAAGAAGGCAUCCGACUUGUAUUCUGGAAGCUAUACAAGAGGUUGGAAGAUAUGUUGGAUGCUUUUGCCGACAGAGUGUCUAAACCUCGCCUUUAUUGGACGGAUAAAAUGCAAAUUGCUCUUGCUGGUGGUUUAGGUCAUGGCGUGGCUCAUGCUGUCUUUUUCUGUCUGAGCCUUCUUACUCCUGCAUUUGGUCCAGCAACAUAUUAUGUUAAUAGGUGUUCACACAUACCAUUAUUUCUUGUUUCUGCUAUUAUUUCUCUGGGAUUUGUGAUGAUUCAUACUUUCUCCAUGGUCAUCGCAUUUAAUGGAUAUGCUGAAGGGAGAAAAGCUGACCAAUUUAUUAUUCCUGUCAUUCACACGAUAUCUGCUAUAACAACACUGAUUAAUCUUGCACCUGGAGGUUGUGUUGUUGGAGUUCCUCUCCUUUGCAUCGUAAUGGCAGUGACUCUGCAAUAUUGCUGGAAGAUAGUUUGGCGAAGAUUAACAGAAAACCGAAAUAGAGAGAUCGUUAGCUAAUAUAAACUUAUUUUCUAGCUAAUUUUUGGCUGGAUUGUGCUUAAAAUAUUUCUGCCCGAAGAAGCAGCUUUUUAAUUGUUUUUUUUUUUUGCUGUUGUAAAACCACAGAUAACUGGAGGAAAUUUGAUUCAUUUUGCUGAACGAGCCAACUUGUAGAAGGUAACUGGGGAGCUAUAUAAUCCAUCUUUCUCUUGCUAUAA